CAAAUGAAACUGAAACUCCUGAGCAGCGUCUGAGGGGUGCACUUUAGACGUGGAUUCCUGUAUAUAUCUGCUGGGAUCUGUGGCCAAGUAGCAUUUGUUGUUUAUUUUAAACAAACGUACGCUGAUAUUUCGAAGAUAGACACAAAAUGCUGAAGUAACUCAGCAGAUCAGGCAACAUCUCUGGAGAAAAAGGAAGAUGCUGCUCUUUGCUGCCUUCGUGCCCCUGGCCCUGUGGAUCUUGCUGUUGCUCUGGCGUGAUGUCUGCAGAAAGUCACAGGGCCACAAGAGGUCUUUCUUCAGCCUUUUGCACCAAUACAUGUUUCAGAGGUACGUGAGCUUCCUGAGCCUUCGGCAGAGAAGGAGACUUGAAGACAGCACCAAGAAUGUCCAACACCUACAGGACAGGACUCUGCUGCACAGGAUCCACAGGGAUAGAAGCACCGAGUAUGGAAGAUUGUACAGAUUCUCCGAAGUUACAGACCGCUUGUCAUUCUGCAGUGUUCACCCCCUGACUCAGUAUGAUCAUUAUUCAGAUUACAUCCAGAGAAUCAGCAAAGGAGAAGAAAAUAUAUUGAUCCCCGGGAGACCAAGUGCCCUCACUGUGACCUCUGGAACGUCCGGCGCUCCUGCUCUCUUGCUGUGCAUUCAGGCAGCGAUGAAUGACUUACACCAGGGGUUUGGCGCAUGCUUUAGUGCAAAGAUUAAUGCCUACCCACAGACCAGAAAUUUACAGAGAACAGCAAUGUUUUUCUAUCCUCCCGUCUGGAGAAAAUCUGAAUCGGGUAUUCCAAUCGGCCCCUACUCUGUCUCACCUGUGGCUUCGAGACAUAUGUCGAGUUCGUAUUCAACACCAGCGGCUGGAUAUGAGAUCACAUCUGGAGCUGAAGCACUGUACGUUCAUCUCCUCUUUGCACUCAAGGACCGUUCACUGGGAAUACUGGAGGCCAGCUUUGCCUCUGUGCUUUAUUACACCUUUGCUUUACUGCAGCAUCAGUGGGAGCAACUGGUUGAGGACAUUCGCCUGGGACGAGUGAAUCCCGCGCUCACUGUUGCUGACGAUAUUCGCCUGAGGUUAAAUGCUCAGUUAAAGCCUGAUCCUCGAAGAGCCUACGAACUGGCCGUGGAGUUUGGGAGUGGAUUUCGUGGAAUAGCUCGCAGAGUGUGGCCCCAUCUCAACUUGGUUCUCGUUGUGGACUCUGGUGCAAAUGAACUGUAUGGCAGUAAUCUGCAACGCUUCUACUGUGAAGGUGUUCCGACUUACUCCCCUGUCUAUGCUGCUGCUGAAGGUCUCAUUGGAGUGAAUCUGUGGCCAGAACGGAGUGAACGAUAUUACCUUCUCUGCCCACAGUCAAUGUUUUACGAAUUUAUCCCCGUUAACCUCUGUGAAGAAGAACAACCACAAACACUGUUUAUGGAAGAAGUGAAGGAGAACGAGUUAUAUGAACUGGUUGUCACAAAUGCAUCUGGUUUGUACAGGUACCGGCUGGGUGAUAUUGUGAAGGUGGUAGCAUUCCACAAUCAGUGCCCAGUGAUUGAAUUCCAGUACAGGCAAAGCCAGACAUUAAACGUUAGAGGCGAGAGAAUCACAGAGGCAGCCUUCCAUCAAACAUUACUGCACGCUGUGAAGCUGUGGCCCGGAGCAGUGCUUCAUGAUUACUGUUGUGUAGAGAGUGGCCUUUUGGGAUCAUGGUGUGGCGGCUCAGAUCUUCAUUAUGAGGUUUUUGUAGAGAUAGAAGGAGUGCGAAACAUGUCAGAGGAUCAGCGCUACAAGCUGGACCAGUGCCUUCAGGAAGACUCAGCGGUGUAUCAGUCAUUUCGACGCAAAGGCAGCAUUGGACCAGUGAGGGUUCACAUCGUGGCCCUGGGCAGCUUCAAGGAGCUAACAGACUUCAUUGUCGCACAUUCAGGCAUUUCACAUAAUCAGUUCCAAAUGCCUCGUGUCUUGAAGAAGAAAGAAUUUUUGGAUUUUAUUCAAAGAAAAGUAAUUUCAUGAAGCCGUGGCUUAUUUGCUUCGACGUCUUUGAGCUUUAAUAUGACUUAAUUCCCCUCUGUGGCGUAGCAUUGAUCUAGAGUCAGACAUCACCAGGCCCUGAUAGACAGGACAUUUACUGGACUUUACUCACUGAUGUUCUUUCUACCCUUCUGUGAGAAUCAUUUUGGGAGAAGAUGAGGCUCUACAAGCCCCACAGGAGCAAGGAACGCCCUGAUGGAGAGUCGUGGUCGUUGUGCCAGUGUGUGUGUACUCUAAUCUGAAGCUUCAUAGAGAGGCCUCUGCAGUGAUAUGGAUCCACUGGGUAGAAUUGGAUCUCCUGCCCUUGUGCAUUGUGUGAGGGUGCCACUGUUUGAAAGGGUCAGGAAGCAGCUGAGAUAUAAUCCUUCCAGCAAAAUCCAUUAUUAUUAUAUAACUAAUCAUGGCUCACAUACGCAUAAUUAUUGCUUUUAUUAGCUGCUUUAACGUCAAUAAACUUAUGCAUUCAGUGAUUAGAUUUGCUGACAUUCAUGUACAAUGUGAUUUUAAAAUUUCUUCUCUUGCAAACUGCUCGCCCGGGAAUGUGGCUAUUCCUGAACAGUAAAGGUUGUCAUACAUAGUGUUGUAGCCUCAUUUUUACUGCUCCAAUAUAUCCAACUGCAGUGGGAAUGCCACAGC